CCGAAAAAAAAAAACUAAAAUACUACUGGUUUUUCUAUGCGUAAUCAUCACGAACGUGAGAUUUUCUAGUUUCUUUCUCCAAUUUCCAUUUCACUCCUUUCUCCCUCUUUUGGCAGAAAUAACUUGGAAGGUGAAUGAGGCAAGAGUAAUGGUCGCAAACAAAAGGGCAUUGCCGUAAUUUCUAUUGCUCACCCAUGAGAUGAGAUGAACACAUCCUCCCGCUUGAACACCAACACCGACACAACUGCCAUUCUCUCUGUUGCCGCCGGUGCAAAGACCGGCCGCAAGGGAAGAUUCUCGCUCAUGGCCGCCGCGCAAGCGAACUCUACUCCGGCGGUUGUCUUCACGGCCCUCGCCGGCGUCGCUAUUGUCGCUGUCAUUUUCUACGGUGCCAGUAGGAAAAGGAAACACGCCCUUUCACCUCAGCAAUGGAAAAUGUUGUUUACAGAAGAUGGUAGACUCCGUGAUGGUGGAGCUAAGCUCCUGAAAAGAGUGCGCAGUGGAGGUGUUGCUCCCAGAAUAAGAGCUGAAGUCUGGCCAUUCCUAUUAGGAGUGUAUAACUUUAACAGCACAAAUGAUGAAAGAGAUGCUGUGAGAGCUCAAAAUAGAAAGGAAUAUGAAAAACUCCGUCGACAAUGCAGGAAACUCAUAAAAAAAAGCAACGAAAGCUGUAAGUUAAAUGAAAUUGGUGAAAUUAGCUAUGAAGGAGGUGGUGAAAGUCUUGUUCAAGAUUCUGGUUCUUCUAGUUUUGAUGAUGCAGCCAGCGCCAGGGAGUUCCUUUCUAGUCAGGACAGGAGUCCAGAAGCUGAAUCUUCAGAUUAUCCAUCCAUUGUCUCAUUGGAAGGAGAUGAUUAUGUUAAUGUCAACAAUGCUGAUGCAUCUUCACUGGAUACGGAUUUUACUGAAUCUCCUGAAGUAAUUCAAACAGUUCCCCCUGAUGAUGAUCAAGAAGAUAACAAACCCAUGAAAACUACCCAGGAUUCCGCUGAAGGUCCUGAAGUAAAUCAAACAGCUCCUUCUGAUGAUGUUCAGGAAGACAACAACCCCAUGAAAACUACGGAUUCCGCUGAAGGUCCUGAAGUAAUUCAAACAGCUCCUCCUGAAGAUGUCCAGGAAGACAACAACCCCAUGAAAAUUACCAAGGAUUCCGCUGAAGGUCCUGAAGUAAUUCAAACAGCUCCUCCUGAAGAUGUUCAGGAAGACAACAACCCCAUGAAAAUUACCAAGGAUUCCGCUGAAGGUUCUGAAGUAAUUCAAACAGCUCCUCCUGAAGAUGUUCAGGAAGACAACAACCCCAUGAAAAUUACCAAGGAUCCCACUGAAGGUCCUGAACUAAUUCAAAAAGCUCCUCCUGAUGAUGUUCAGGAAGACAACAACCCCGUGAAAGCUACCAAGGAAGUCUCUUCUCCCUUGAAAGAAAAAGUUCCAUCAAAGGCACCAACUAAUGAAGACUUCUCCACCUGGCAACGGAUUAUCCGACUUGAUGCAUUACGUGCUAAUGCUGACUGGAUGUCACUCUAUCCCUCUCAAGCUGCCGUAUCAGACAAUGUGGCACGUCGUACUGCUGAGGCUGUUGGCUUGGAGGAUUAUGGCCACCUAGAGGCAGGCAGGAUCUUCCAUGCUGCCCGACUAGUUGCUAUUCUUGAAGCAUAUGCUCUAUAUGACCCUGAAAUUGGCUACUGCCAGGGUAUGAGUGACCUGCUAUCUCCAAUAGUUAGUAUUAUAUCAGAGGAUCACGAGGCUUUCUGGUGUUUCGUCGGAUUCAUGAAGAAGGCACGGCAAAAUUUUAGGCUUGAUGAGGUGGGUAUAAGGAGGCAACUAGAAUUAGUUGCCAAAAUAAUCAAGUAUAAGGAUGCCCAUCUAUUUAAGCAUUUGGAGAAGCUUCAGGCUGAGGAUUGCUUCUUUGUGUAUAGGAUGGUGGUGGUACUGUUUCGAAGGGAGUUGACAUUUGAGCAGACUGUUUGCCUUUGGGAAGUAAUGUGGGCAGAUCAAGCUGCAGUCAGGGCAGGUAUUGGGAUUUCCACAUGGAACAAAGUUAGAAAGCGUGCACCACCAACAGAUGAUCUAUUGCUUUACGCAAUAGCAGCUUCGGUAUUACAGAGGAGGAAAUUGAUCAUUGAAAGGUAUAGCAGCAUGGAUGAGAUCAUUAGGGAAUGCAAUAGCAUGUCAGGACAGCUUGAUGUUUUGAAAUUGCUAGAUGAUGCACAUAGCUUAGUGGUCACUCUUCAUGAUAAAAUAGAGACAUGAUUCUGAUAAAAUAAACAAGAAUCUCUGGUGGAGCAGGUUUGCAAAGAGAAGGUAGUGGCAUGUAAGUUAGAAAAUGUUGAGUUAUUAUCUACACAACUAGGAAUCUUUCCCCCCUUCUCUAAAACUGUAUUUUCCAGUUUAGCUCUGCUAAUUUUCAUGUCAUUCAUUUGUCCUUAUGAAUCAGCCAUCGCUUAACUAGAAUGCUAGUUUCUCGAAGGGUAGCUGAAGAUACGAAUUUCUAAAAGCUGGUUUAUCAUUUUGUUUUAUGACAAGAACUAUGUUAUUAGUUAGCAAUGAAAUUGUGUAUAAAACACAAGAAUUCACA